AUGCCUGUCAGCAACACAUCUAACGCCAACCAAGCCGAGGCUCCUGUUCCGCUUGUCAACCUUGUCCAAGGCCAGGCCCCUGGAACCGCCCAGGAACAGCCUCUCGUUGCUCCAAACGCCAUUAUCCUGGCCCGGGCUCUCAAACCUAGUGUGCAACCUCUGGGACAACUUGGCACAGCUAUGCUCACAGCUGCCAACUAUGGUUCUGCCGACGAUCUCGAACGUGCCUUCCGUCAGGCCAGAGGAUUUUCGGACCAAUACCGCGGCGAUGUAUUCAACGACCGUAACAUGAGUCUCAACAUCCCGGCCAACGAGAACACAUCGCUCUGGAUUGAAGGCCUUCCGGCUGGUAGUACGACCCAGCUGCUCCUUGGAGCAGUUGCCCAUGUUGGUUCGACAGGCAAGAUAUGGGCCUCCUACAUCAACCCAGCCAACGCCGCUGACAACAAGCCGUAUGCGGCGGCAAAGAUCGUAUUCUUCUCUCGCGAAGGCGCAGAGGGCCUGCUUAGGGCCAGCCAUACCGGCAGGUUCUUGGUAGGCGGCCGUCGUCCACGCGUUACUUGGAAUCGAGUCAAGACAGCAAGCCGAGGUGCCAGGGACAGCCAGAAAUCUCGAGUGGUUUUGAUCCGCGGCCCAGCCGAGUACGUCAACCAACCACGACUGAGCCAAUGGUUUAGGGGGUUCUUCAGCUUUGAGACCGAGGUAGUCAUCACGCGCGACUACUGGGUCAAUGAGAGAGGUCAGGCCAUGCAGCUCUUGGAGUGGCGGUUCGCGAGCACCCGCUGUCAAGGUGAAGCAGCAUCCAUGGCGAUUGGCUUGGAGCUACGUGGAAUGGUGGAAUGCCGCUAUGGAUAG